UCAGGUAAUUCAAAGUCUCCAGGUCUCCAAGUUACUAAUUAACCCUGGGUUUCGAGUAAAGAAAUAAUAACUGAAGGGCAACGUAAGCUGAGAAACAAACUGGGCAACCAGGAGAGAAAGAUGCCAGAAGUCUGCUGUCAGCAGGUACCUGGACAGAGCAGAGAGGAGACUAGAAUCGUCCCGGCAGGACCAGAAUCCAUGCAAGUCCAGGCAGCACCGGCGGACAGUCCUUAUGGAUGCCCCUGCAUGGAACAGCCUCAUCUCAGCAACUCGGUACCCAGAAUGUCCUGUACUGAGGCCCCUCAACCUAUCCCAGCGGGUGCCACCACCACAACCACCAUCGUUGCCUUGGUUCCCACUGGGCGUCUCAGUGUCUCUACGGAGGGCGACCUGGAAUGCUUGGUGUGCCGAGAGCCCUACAACUGUGCCCGGUCCCCCAAGCUGCUGAGCUGUCAGCAUGCCUUCUGCGCCGUGUGCCUGAAGCUUCUGCUAUACGUGCAGGAAGACACCUGGUCCAUCCCCUGUCCGCUGUGCCGAAAGGUCACUGCUGUCCCCGGAGGCCUUAUCUGCAGCCUGCGAGACCAGGAGGCGAUGAUAGGGCAGCUGGCCCCGCCGUGCCCAGAGGUGCGCUUGUGUCCCCAGGGGCUGGUGGGCUCUGCCACUUCAGCAGUGCGGCCAGCCAACUGGACAGGAGAAGACGACCAGGAUGUAGUAAGUGUCAACCGUGUAGCUGCCCGGCGCUUGGCUGUACACCUGCUCUUGUUGGCUCUUCUCAUUGUCCUCAUUCUGCCUUUCAUCUACCCGGGUGUCAUCCGGUGGGUGCUGGCCUUUAUCAUCGCCGUGGCGCUGCUGAUGUCCACCCUAUUCUGCUGUUACCCUCAGAGCCAGAGCAGCAACUGUUCUUGCCCCAGGACUCUGUUCUGCCGAGAGCAAAAGCAAGCACAGAUCACUUCUAUUGCCUGAGAGAUCUGGAUCCCUAAAGGCCUCAUGCUACCAUGGCUCCCUGUUGCCUAGAUUUCACAGCCCACAUGGAAAAGGGGCUAGGAGCCUCCUCUUGAAAUCACAUGCAAACCGGACUUGCAUGCCAAAGCCAGACUGGCUGUGUUGGAUCAAGGACUCAGUGCUGGGACAAUGGGCUUGCAUGUGCCUGCCCUCAUGCUAGCUAAACUUUUAGGGGGAAAGGGAGGAGACAAUUCCCCAAACAAGUGACUUCAAGGACAGUGGGGUCCCUACCCCUCUUCCUGAGCUCCUGGGUUUUGGAUCUAUCACUCUGUGGACAUACUGGGACAUUGAGCUUACUACAAAGCAAAUAGAACCAGCACUCUUUUGUAA